GGGAGAGAGUGUGUUUGGGGGAAGGGACGCAAAAGCGCAGGUAAGGAGGCCGCAGCCCAGAAGGUUGCCAUGGGGCCAGACUGGAGACCCCCGCCCCCGCCCCCGCCAGGGUGGGAUUCAGGGGCGGGACUACUUAGGGGAAAGCCGGGGUUCUCCCAAAUCCUGAACGGAAAGAAGGUAGAUUUGAUUUGGGCCAUCAGCAAGAGGAGGGAGGCAGAAACCAUUGCUGAAGGACCAGGGUGCUCGAAUAGAGGUGGACGGAGGUCCAGGCCCAGGAUUGGAAAAGCGGGCACUCCAGGGAGUGAAGGUAGAUGGAUGGGUGGGAUUUUAGUUGCCCAACUCAGUCUCACCAUCCUUCCUUCUGCAUCCCCACCCUGUCCUGACGAUCCCCCAUUAAGCCUCAGGGCCCAAGAGAGGGUAGCAAACCUAACUGCCCCCCCCUUCCCUAGCUGGGUGCAAUGUACGCAAGUAGGCCCUGAGCACAACUCCUUGUCCGUAGGUGUGACCAGUUCCAUAGCAGAUUUGUGUGCUAGAGGUCUGUGUGUGUCGGUGGGUGUGUCGGUGGGUGUUUAUGUCUGUGUUCGCUGUUCCUGGGUUUGUGUUUACCUAUGCCCCUCUAUGUCUGCCCCAGUUUGUAGGUACAUCUGUGGCGGGGUACUGUGUCUAUACGUACUGUGUGCCUACAGAGUUGCUGUAUGUUUGUGUGGUCUGUGGGGCUCUGGUGGUUCAGGAUGUAUUUACACAGGAUGGGGAUCGGUGUUAACCUGAUCUCUCCAGAGUGGCCCCGAACACCUUUGUCAGGGUGUGUGACUCUGCACACACACACGCUCGUACGUCUGUCUGUCUGUCGUCUGUCUGUCUGGGAGGGGUCCCAUAGACUGUACUGGAUAUUCUGCGCCUGUGUUUUCCUCCUCGGGAGACCCAAAUCAUGUCUCUGCCCCUUCUCCUCCCUCCCCAACCCUCUCUUCCCUUGUCUCCUUCUCACCUGUCCCCCUUCUCAAGUGGAUCCAGGACCCAGGGAGGGCCGCCCCCCGGACCUGGUGGCGUUAAGCAGGGCCCCUCAGCCCCCACCUCUUGCCCCACGACAUGAACCUUCUCUACCGAAAAACCAAGCUGGAGUGGAGACAGCAGCACAAAGAAGAGGAGGCCAAAAGGAGCUCCAGUAAGGAAACAGCCCCUACAGCCCCAGUGGGGCCUGGGGCUGUCCCAGGGCCUGGGGUCCGAGUGCGGGACAUAGCCUCGCUUCGAAGGUCCCUCAGGAUGGGUUUCAUGACGAUGCCCGCAUCCCAGGAGCACACCCCUCACCCCUGCCGCAGUGCCAUGGCCCCACGCUCUCUCUCCUGCCAUUCGGUCGGCAGCAUGGACAGUGUAGGGGGUGGGCCUGCAGGAGGCGGGGGAGGUCUCACAGAGGAUGGUAGCACCCGAAGACCCCCGGCUAAGCCCCGGAGACACCCCAGUACCAAGCUCAGCAUGGCAGGAUCAGGGGCAGAGACACCGCCAAGUAAGAAAGCAGGCUCUCAAAAGCCAACCCCUGAGUGUCGAGAAUCUAGCCGUAAGGUUCCGCCACAAAAACCCAGGCGAAGCCCCAACACCCAGCUGUCUGUGUCCUUCGAUGAGUCUUGUGUCCCGGCCCCAUGUCCUCGAGGGGGGAACCUGCCCCUGCAACGCCUCGGCAGGGCUUCUCGAGUAGCUGGAGACCUGGACGCAGGUGCUCAAGAGGAAGAGCCCGUGUACAUUGAGAUGGUGGGGGAUGUCUUUCGUGGAGGUGGACGAAGUGGAGGAGGCUUGAGCGGGCCUCCUCUUGGAAGUGGAGGCCCAACCCCUCCAGCUGGUGCCGAUUCGGACUCUGAAGACAGCGAGGCUAUAUAUGAAGAGAUGAAGUACCCCCUGCCUGAAGAGGCAGGAGAUGGCAGAGCCAAAGGGCCUCCUCCAUUGAUGGCGCCCUCCCCUCCACAACAGCCUCAUGUCCUCCAGCCCCACCCCCACCCUCACCGCCGUCCAGCUUCAGCCCUCCCAAGCCGGAGGGAUGGGACACCCACCAAGACCACUCCUUGUGAGAUCCCCCCACCUUUUCCCAACCUCCUUCAGCACCGGCCUCCACUCCUGGCCUUCCCCCAAGCCAAGUCUGCUUCCCGAGCCCCUGGCGAUGGGGUCUCAAGGCUACCGGUCCUUUGCCACUCCAAGGAGCCAGCCGGUUCCACCCCAGCUCCCCAAGUGCCUGCACGAGAGCGGGAGACGCCUCCCCUGCCGCCUCCGCCUCCUGCUGCCAACCUGCUAUUGCUGGGACCAUCAGGCCGAGCCCGGAGCCACUCAACGCCAUUGCCACCUCAGGGCUCUGGCCAGACCCGGGGGGAGCGGGAGCUCCCCAACUCUCACAGCAUGAUCUGCCCCAAAGCGGCAGGGGUACCGGCAGCCCACCCUGCCCCAGCUGCCUUGCUCCCCGGCCCCCCCAAGGACAAGGCCGUGUCGUACACUAUGGUGUAUUCUGCGGUGAAAGUGACCACACACUCCGUCCUGCCAGCUGGUCCACCCCUGGGUGUUGGGGAGCCAAAGACGGAGGAGAUCUCGGUUCUCCAUGGAAUGCUUUGUGCCAGUUCGAGGCCCCCUGUACCAGGGAAAUCCAGCCCCCAUAGUGGGGCUAUGGGUUCAGCAGCUGGGGUCCUGCACCACCGUAGCUGCCUGGCAUCCCCCCACAGCCUUCCGGAUCCAACUGCAGGCCCCCUGACUCCCCUCUGGACUUAUCCAGCCACAGCAGCUGGCCUCAAGAGACCCCCUGCCUAUGACAGUCUCAAGGCUGGGGGGGUGCUGAAUAAGGGCUGUGGAAUGGGAACACCAUCUCCCAUGGUCAAGAUCCAGCUGCAAGAGCAAGGGACUGAUGGGGGUGCCUUUGCCAGCAUCUCCUGUGCCCAUGUCAUCACCAGUGCGGGGACACCGGAAGAAGAGGAGAUGGGGGCCGCCUUUGGGGCAGGCUGGGCUCUACAGAGGAAGGUCCUGUAUGGAGGGAGGAAAGCAAAGGACCCGGACAAAGUCGAGGAUGGUGCCCGGGCCUGGAAUGGCAGUACAGAGGGUCCCGCCAAGGUGGAGCAUGAGGACAGGGGCCAGGUGGCAUCAGGGAUUCCUGUGAGGAGCCAGGGGGCAGAGGGUCUGCUGGCCAGGAUCCACCAUGAUCGAGGAGGGAGCCGCACAGCGUUGCCAGUCCCUUGCCAGACUUUCCCGGCCUGCCACCGGAAUGGAGAUUUCACAGGAGGGUACCGCCUGGGUCGCUCUGCCUCCACCUCUGGAGUCCGUCAGGCUGCGCUCCAUACCCCUCGGCCCUGCAGCCAGCCCAGGGUUGCCCUGAGUCAGACCCACCCUGUGCUGCCUCUGCCCCUGCCGCCCCAGCCCGCCCGGGAGCGCGACGGCAAGCUCCUAGAGGUGAUUGAGCGCAAACGCUGUGUGUGCAAGGAAAUCAAGGCACGUCAUCGUCCGGACCGGGGGCUCUGCAAGCAAGAGAGCAUGCCCAUCCUUCCCAGCUGGCGGCGGGGCCCUGAACCCCGCAAGUCCGGCACCCCACCCUGCCGCCGGCAGCACACGGUCCUGUGGGACACUGCCAUCUGAGGAUGCAGGGGCGGCUUGGGACGCCUGGAUUGGAAGGGGAGGAAGCCUGCCCAGGUCUACUUGAGACUUGAGAGAUGGAGGGAUUAGGAGAGAGGGUUCUUACUAGGCCCAUCGUGGGGACUUGAGGUGCCAGUAGCAUCCCAAGAAAUUUGGGGGAGGAGGAGGGUUUGCUUGAUGUUGGAAGGAAGGGUCUGAGCGUGUAGAUCCCUCUUCUUGAAGCGAAGGCCAAGGUGGAGAUCACCAUGGGAAAAGGUGGGGUUUGGAGGAAGUUGGGGGUGGGGCAUAUAGGAGAUUGACUGGAGCGACAGGGAAACUAGCUCUUUUAUUGAGAGCCCGGGGGAGCGGGGAAGGGUAUUUAUUUUGUUAUUUAUUUUAGUCUGGAGGGCAGUUCUGGGCUCUUCUGACCUACACCUGAGUAGGAGUUGGAGACCCGAGGCUAAAUUUGCACUCUCCCCAAGGCCAGUGCCUAAAGACCUCCGCCAUCCUUGCCCAGCUAAAGUGGGGGGAUGGGUCAGCUUGGGGAGCAGUCAGAAGGCAGAGGUUCAGACAGUGACAGUAUUUCUAGUUUUCCCAGAAUUUGGUAGUGAGUGUGGUCUGCUGUGAAACAGGCAUUUUAUUUAGUUCUGGGGUAAG